CUGGAAGGCGACGUUAAAGGCGCUGGGCGAGAGCGAAGGGCGUUUCGGUGCCGCCGCCGCCGCCCGAGCCGGGAAGGAGGCGCGUCGGUGGCAGGAAGCGCGCGGCGCCCGAGGUCGUCGCGGAAGCAGCUGGUGACCCCCGCAGGAUGAACCACAAGAGCAAGAAGCGGAUCCGCGAGGCCAAGCGGAGUGCGCGGCCGGAGCUGAAGGACUCGCUGGACUGGACCCGGCACAACUACUACGAGAGCUUCUCGCUGAACCCCGCGGCCGUGGCGGAUAACGUGGAAAGGGCAGAUGCUUUGCAGCUGUCCGUGGAAGAAUUUGUGGAACGGUAUGAAAGACCUUACAAGCCCGUGGUUCUGUUGAAUGCCCAAGAGGGCUGGUCUGCGCAGGAGAAAUGGACUCUGGAGCGUCUAAAAAGGAAAUACCGGAACCAGAAGUUCAAGUGUGGUGAAGAUAAUGAUGGCUACUCGGUGAAGAUGAAGAUGAAAUACUACAUCGAGUACAUGGAGAGCACUAGAGACGACAGCCCCCUUUACAUCUUUGACAGCAGCUAUGGUGAACACCCCAAAAGAAGGAAACUUUUGGAAGACUACAAGGUGCCCAAAUUUUUCACAGAUGACCUAUUCCAGUAUGCCGGGGAGAAGCGCAGGCCUCCUUACAGGUGGUUUGUGAUGGGGCCACCACGAUCUGGAACAGGCAUUCACAUCGAUCCUCUGGGAACCAGUGCCUGGAAUGCCUUAGUUCAGGGACACAAGCGCUGGUGCCUCUUCCCUACCAGCACACCCAGGGAGCUCAUCAAGGUGACUCGCGAAGAAGGAGGGAACCAGCAAGAUGAAGCCAUCACCUGGUUUAGUAUCAUUCAUCCCCGGACACAGCUUCCAACCUGGCCACCUGAAUUCAAACCCCUGGAAAUCCUACAAAAACCAGGAGAGACUGUCUUCGUACCAGGAGGCUGGUGGCAUGUCGUCCUCAAUCUCGACACCACCAUUGCCAUCACCCAGAAUUUUGCCAGCAGCACCAACUUCCCUGUUGUAUGGCACAAGACGGUAAGAGGGAGACCAAAGUUAUCAAGGAAAUGGUAUAGGAUCUUGAAGCAAGAGCACCCUGAGUUGGCAGUCCUGGCAGACUCCGUGGACCUUCAGGAAUCCACAGGGAUUGCCUCCGACAGCUCCAGUGACUCCUCCAGCUCCUCGAGUUCCAGCUCCUCUGACUCAGACUCAGAGUGUGAGUCUGGGUCUGAAGGUGAUGGGACGAUGCACCGCAGGAAGAAGAGGAGGACGUGCAGCAUGAUGUGGAAUGGGGACACCACUUCACAGGACGACUGUGUGAGCAAAGAGCGCAGCUCCUCCAGGAAGAGGAGCUGGACUCGGACGGCGAGAAGGACUCACCCCAAGCAGGGCCCGAGGAAGAUGAUGGAGAGAGGCCCUUCUCCUUCCAGUACAGCCCGGGCAAGCUGAGGGGAACCCAGUACAAGAAGAUGAUGACCAAAGAAGAGCUGGAUGAAGAGCAAAGAACUGAAGAGUAAUGAAGUUAUCCUUAGCCUCCUCCUAAAGGCUUUUCCUUUGGGCAUCUUAAAAGCUUGAGAGAUAAAAUGGAAAAUCCCAGAGAGGAGCACUUGGAGGUUCCCUGGGGUGCUUCUUGCCUACAUAAAUCCGCCGAGAUAGAGACCCUCAAUCGGGAUUUUUUUCCUUUGGCUAGGAGGAUCCUGGGAAAAUGCCUCUGGCCCUGCCCUGUUUAGAGAUGCUUAUCUCUGUUUAUAUGGGUCCCUUUGUUAUGCUGAAGGCUCUUAAGACUUUUUAUCUCAGACCUUGGGCUUUUUUCUCAUCCCUCCACCUUGCUCUCCACCCACCCUUCACACCUGAGAUACCACCUUCAACAUUUAAAAAUUCAGACUGUAGUUUCACUCCAGCCCUUGCCCUGUUUCCUUCCCUGAAGCCAAAGCGUCAAAGAAUUGGAGACACGGCAGGCAAAGGGGGCAGAGGUCGCCAGGCUAACUCCCUCGGUCGGUCAGGGGGGGCAGAGGGCAUCCUCUUCCCUUGGGGCUUCUCUGGGACCCCUCUCUCUCCCUCAGACUGGCUGGGUUGUCAGGGAUGCGAGAUGCUCCAGACACUGGCUUGCCCCUCUCGCUGCUUGGAGGCCUUUGCACUGACAUUCUGACCAGCUCAGCCCAGUCUCCACCUUAGCUUUGGCGGAAGCAAUAAUAAUAGUAUUAACUUAAAAUAGAUUUCAUGAGUAUGCCUUUUCCUAGAAGUUUCACAAAUUAGUUGGAAUUUUACCUGAUAUUCAGAUUGGUCCCAGAUUAGUUUCUUGGGAUUUUUUAUUUGACAGCAUUUGUAUACUAAACUAAUUUGCAGUUCUUAGAUCGUUGGUUAAGUAAGUCUAUAGUAGAUUUUCUCCCAUGUAACAGAAGGCGGGAAAUGCCCGCUGUUAGCCCCUUGGGCGUGUUACUUUCCCAGUGACCGUCUCUGGGCCUAAUUCCUUAGGUUCAGGGUCUUAGGGCAAAACAGGCAACAAAAGCAGCCACAGCCCGUGACGAGAAGGCGCAGUGUGUCGUGCCCACGCCUGGGCGUCUCCAACAGCAAUACCUAUCUUGUCCAGGCCGGGAUCUUACUUGACACGAUAAGCAGGUGGCAUCCUCUGGGCGUGGUUGUCUAGGUUUCUCUGGAAACUUCCAGAACAUGGCUUUUGGGCACCAAGCUCUGUCCACUCCAGAUGGCUUGGCCCCGCGUAUUCAGCCCUUGUUCAGUCCAAUAAACUCUGAGUAGAUGCUCUUGA